GAGGAGAAUUUGGUCAUUUAACGCUUAAGAGAUAACCAAUCACCAUCUUUCAUCACUGGUGCUGCUGAUCCAAUACAAGUACGGAGGAAAUCUGACGGAAACGGAAGACCUCCAUAACAGUGGGAGCAGCGAUUAGCAAAGCGAAGGAGAUAGAUAGAUGGCUCGGUUGUUAUUGCUGUCCUUCACGCUCUUGCUGCUCUUCUGCGCCGCAGUUGGAUCAACCUUCGACGACUCCAAUCCCAUCCGCUUAGUAACAGACGGCCUCCAUGACUUCGAGCCCCAGGUCCUCCGGAUCAUCGGCCAAACACGCCAUACCCUAUCCUUCGCCCGCUUCGCUCACAGGUAUGGGAAGCAUUAUGAGACUGUCGACGAGAUGAAGUUCCGGUUCCAGAUCUUCUCCGAUAAUCUGAAGUUUAUUCGAUCAACCAACAGGAAGGGCCUGUCGUAUGCUCUUGGUGUUAAUCAUUUUGCUGAUUGGACUUGGGAGGAAUUCAAAAACCACAGAUUAGGUGCUGCUCAAAAUUGCUCUGCCACCUUUAAGGGCAACCACAAGCUUACUGAUGAUAUUCUUCCUGAGACGAAAGACUGGAGAAAAGAAGGCAUAGUCAGCCCGGUCAAAGAUCAAGGCCACUGUGGAUCCUGCUGGACAUUCAGCACCACUGGGGCUUUGGAGGCAGCUUAUGCUCAGGCAUUUGGAAAGAAUAUCUCUCUUUCUGAGCAGCAGCUAGUGGACUGCGCUGUAGCUUUCAAUAACUUCGGAUGUAAUGGUGGGCUGCCAUCCCAAGCCUUUGAGUACAUCAAAUAUAAUGGUGGGCUUGAGACCGAGAAAGCAUAUCCUUACACUGGAAAAGAUGAAGUCUGCAAAUUCUCAGCUGAAAAUGUUGCUAUCCGAGUCCUUGACUCUGUGAACAUCACCUUGGGUGCUGAGGACGAAUUAAAGCACGCAGUUGCUUUUGUUCGGCCGGUUAGUGUGGCAUUUGAGGUGGUGAGUGGUUUCCGAUUCUACAAGAAAGGUGUUUACACUAGCAACACCUGUGGAAGCACUCCCAUGGAUGUAAACCAUGCUGUUCUUGCAAUUGGGUAUGGAGUGGAAGAUGGUGUCCCGUAUUGGCUCAUCAAAAACUCCUGGGGAGAUAGCUGGGGUGACCAUGGCUACUUCAAAAUGGAAUUGGGGAAGAACCUUUGCGGAAUUGCAACUUGUGCAUCUUAUCCCAUCGUCGCUUAAAAGUUGUAUUGAGAUACUGGAAGGCUGCCCUGGUGAAUACCGCGUCGCUUAUCUUGCUUUCAGGUUGUAGUCGCUGUGCACCAUUAAAGACGAAGGGUCCGUUUGGAUUUCAGUUGGGUAUAAUAGAUUAUGAAAAUAAUUGAUUAAGUGGUAGAUUUUAAUCAUAAUUGAUUAUGUUAUAACGUAAUUUGUUUGGAUAUUAUUUUUUUAAAAUUGAUUUUAACUUAAUAUAUGUUAACAACUUUUUUAAAGAUUUAAAAUUUGAAUUUUACUAAGAAAAAAAAAAGAGAAGAGAAGGGAAUUUAAUUUUUAAAAAAAAAAUUUGUGCUUUUUUAUAAUUUUUUUUGGACCUUUUUAUGUAAUUUCUCCAGUUUUUUUUUAUCAGCGUUUCUGGAAAAGCUUAGAAUAUUAGCUUUUGAAAAAAAUCGAUUUUAAGGGUUAGAAUCGAUUUUUUACUUUUUUAAAUGUUUGGCUAAUAAAUUAAAUAAUUGAUUUUUUUGAAAAUAAAAUCGAUUAUAGACAUAUCCAAACGGACACGAAGUGUAUUCUGCUUUUAAUGCCUCCUAGUUUAUAUACAAAAUAUUAUUCUAAAGUUGAAAUGGCCUUUGUCAUCGGUGCCGUGUAAUACUUGUAAAUCGUGUUUCAAACAGGGACAUAAGGGAGUUAAACAUGUUCUCUCUA